AUGGGGGAGACCUCCCCUUUGAGCGAGGCCGACAUCCUCUGCACCUUGCCAGAUGACGACGAGGCCAGUGCCCAUCAGGAGAAGGGGGCUUCGCCCGUGGUCCCGAUGAGGGGUAGGUCAGCGCUGGUCUCCCGAGAUGCUGCUCCUGCUUUGACAACGCCUGGGGCUGCCUCUGGCCCCUCCGCUGCCCCGUCUUCUGCUCCUGGAGCCCGCGCGCCCGCGCCUCAAGCUUCAAGGCUCUCAGGCUUCAAGCUCAGCAAGCGGAGGGUGGACUACGCCGCGGUAGACCAGCCGCCGCCUGCGGUGAAGAAGAGGAAGGAUGCAGCGACCCCGCCCAGGGCUGAACCAUCUGCAGCAGCCGCACCGCCCUCCACGAAGAAGGGAAGCGAUGGCACUCGCACUUCCCCGACCCGUUCGUCCUCGCGAGGCCUGGAGGAGCAUCCUUGUGAGGGGUCAGCCCCCAUGGCCCCGUUGGCUCCGGAGGCGUUGGUGUCCGGCCCAGCCGCUGGGGUCACGAAAGCUCAGGAGCCCCCGGUCUUCCAGGCCCUGGUGACGAUGCCGUCUCCUCCUCCUGCUGCGCCACUGCUUCCAGGCCCUUCUGUCUCCCCUGAUGUCUUGGAGCAUGCUCUUCUUGAGAUGGCUCGGCUGCGAGAAAAUCUCCAAGGCCCCGACCCCCACCUGGUAGCCGGUCGCCUGGAGCUGGUCUCCGGCUGGCUUUACUCUGACAUGUCUGUUCGAGCGACGCUGAGCCAGGCCGCGGCGACCUCCGAGAAGGAGAGGCAGUCUGCCGCCCAAGCCACGGCUGCUCGCGAAGUUGCGCUGAAGGAUGCCGAGAUCGCCCAGGAUUGCUGCCGUGCGCUAGAGGCCGAGCUGAAGAAUUUGCGCGACCUGCGCGCAGAAGAAGCUCGUGGCCGCCAGACGAAGGAGGAGAAGAUGAAGGCCUGGGAAGACGCCAUCAAGGAUCGCGAUGCUGAACUGGGAGACCACCUCCAUCUUCGUGAUCCCGCUGCCCGCCUUGACGAGCUGCUGGAGCCUGUGGACAACGAGCGUUGUGCGGCCGCUGCUGCUGCCGUGAAGGGCCAAGUGGAGGCCAUGCUAAAGAAGUUCUGCGACUUCGCUCUUGCGCCUUCGACCGGCGGUGCUACCGAUCCUGCGGCUCCGGCUGGCGGUACAGGCGAGGGUGAUGCGACCAAGGAAGGAACACCCCUUGCGGGCGUCGGUGGUGCCCAGGGAUGA